AUGACCUUCUUCCCACCGAUCACUGGUCACUGGGCACAUAAAUACCCAAUCCAUUCCUCGUCUGUCCUGCGCUGGGAUAAAUAUCAUCCAUACACUGCAAAAGAAACUGAUAUAUAUCUGAAAUCUAAAUUAUUACCUAAAGAUGAUUUAUCAUCAGGAGGAUUAUAUGAUCGUAUUCAUCGAAGAGGUGUAGAAGCGGGUAUGCCAGAUAUCUCUGUGACUCCUCUUCAAGGACAAUAUCUUGGUGUUCUGGCAAGAGCUAUAGGAGCCAAGAGGAUUUUGGAAAUUGGGACUUUAGCUGGCUUCUCUACAAUCUUUCUAGCUCGUGCUCUUCCAACACAAGGUGUUAUAGAUACUCUAGAACUUUCUCCACUUCACGCGAAAAUAGCUCAAGAGAAUUUCUUAGACGCCGAUUUAUACCCUUUUCCUCGUAUUCAUCUUGGACCGGCAUUAGAAACUUUGAGAAAUCCCAAUGGUCCGUUCGCUAGAUUACCGGAUGAAGAAGGAUACGAUUUGAUUUUCAUCGAUGCGGAUAAAGAACAAAUUUUCGAUUAUUUCUUAGAAAGUUUAAGAUUGACAAGAAAAGGUGGUGUGGUGAUUGUUGAUAAUGCCAUCAGAGGUGGGAGAAUCUCGAGGAGUGAAAAUGACAACCCUCGAAUCGACGUCUCUGGUUUAAGGGCAUUGUACGAUUGGGUGGAGAAGGAUGCGGGUAGAACAGUGUUGAUGAGUGGUAUCCAAACUGUCAGUGAAAAGUUUUGGGAUGGAUUCGCUAUUGCAUACAAGAUUUGA